AAUGAUAUCAAAAUUCAGAUAAUUCACACAAGUCACAUUGAUUUAACCAUUUUCAAAUACGCAAAUUCUAAAACCACAUGCACCAAAACCUCAACCGAAUUACACAAUUCCGACAGGAACAAAACAAAAAGAGCAAACCCGUAAAUUUGUUGUACAAGAAGAUGAAGAAAACGAACCUGUUCUGGUUUGUGGCCGGUUACGAUGAAUCGGUUUCGAGAAAAGUGAUAAAAUUCCGGUACGGUAGCUUCGGUUCCGGAGGGGAGGAAACUGGAACCAGCCGGAGACGGAGGUUUCCGAUGAACGGAGGAGAGAAUCGGAGAAAGAUAAGAGAGAUGCAAUGUUUGGGAGAAAUUGACCCGGCCCGAUUAGGGUUUGCAGAAAUAGGUUUGGCAGCUUUUUUCUGGUUUAUGACCUAUAAAUCUGGCAUAUCUUUAUUAUGA